UCAUUUUCACGUGUGUGUGCCUGUGCUGCGCCUGGCUACGUGUGAUUAAAUUCAAUUUUUAACUUGAUUGCGUGGAAGUAUAGGGAAAAUAAGGCACCACUAUGGGUAACAAACGAAAGUUCAAGUCUGAAGACAAAGCCCUAAAGUCUACACCUGUGGAAGUGAUUGCGGAGGACGUGAGUUCUCACCCGCUGUGUCUUCACGGUCCAACCCUUCUGUUUUCCAAUGAAAAGGGCCGUUUUUAUGCCUGCUCCUUGUGCCGGAGUAAGAAGGACUGCACGGUGCACAUAUCGGAAGAAGACUGGCAGAACGAAGGCGUGAAGAAACGAAAUGAGAAGUAUAAUAACUUGAUCACUAAGGUGAACAAGGCGGAGGCAUGGAAACGGCAUAAUGAGAUCAAGUCCCAGCAUCCAUCAAACAGGGCAUACUGCAUCACAUGCGAGGAGCUGUACAUCAUCCACCAGACCAAGAAACACAACAAGGACCACCGGGUGGUGACUCCACUGACUGACGAGCAGCUGUCUCACCCCACCACUUGGCUGCCUGCUCUGGAGAAUGAUACGGUGGAAGCACAGUAUCUGUUUAGCAAAAAGUCUGUUGGGACUAUUUUGAAUGUGCUGAAGAAGAAUAAUUUAAAAAACAUCUUAUGCAUUGGCACACCAUCCAUCCACGAGGCUGUGUCUUCCAGACAAGACUUCACCUCACUCCUACUCGACUAUGACAAGAGACAUGCACAGUUCCAUCCUCCCAACAAAUAUGUGUACUACAAUAUGUUCAACAACUACUUGUUCAACGGGAGAGAAGAUGAGAAGCUGCUGAAGAAGUUUAUGAAAGAAUCCAGUGACUCAGGCCUCUGCAUAGUCAUGGACCCUCCAUUCGGCGGGCGCGUGGAGCCUCUCAUCCAGACACUCAAGGACCUCACGGAAACCUAUAAGUCUGUGAACAAGGACUUCACGGACCAACUGCUGCCCGUUGUGUGGGCCUUCCCGUACUUCUCUGAGCCUUACAUCAGGAAUAUGGAGCCGGAGAUUAAGAUGCAUGACUAUCAGGUGGAAUACGAAAACCACAAGAAAUUCCAGAACAAAACGAGCAAAGGUCGCAAAAACGGUUCCCCAGUCCGUCUCUUCACCAACCUACCAACCUCCUCCAUUGACCUCCCUCACGACAAGAACUACAAGCUGUGCGAAAAGUGCAAAGUAUACGUGUCUCUCUCUAACAACCACUGCAACAAGUGCGGCGAGUGCACGAGUAAGAACGGGACUACGUAUACGCAUUGUUUCGCGUGCAAGCGGUGUGUGAAGCCCACGUUCUUCCACUGCAAGACUUGUGAGAGGUGUUGCCAGAGGAAGGACCAUAAGUGCGGGAUGGUUGUGGAGUCACAGUCGUGCUUUAACUGCCGCGAGACAGGUCACAAGAAGGCCGACUGUCCACAGCUGGAGCCAGCGCCGGGGAGCGCCAAGAAAAGACGUAAACACGCGUAGUAAACACAGUUUAUUCGUAUAUUUACAACAAUAAAUCAAAAUAUUAGCAAAA